AUGGGGUUUUGCGGAUUUGGGGUUGGUAUUUCCAUGGGGCUUGUUAUUGGCUACUUUCUUUUCGUCUACCUGCAACCCAACGACGUCAAGGAUCCUCAAAUUCAAUCGAUAGCAGAGCAGGAUCCCAAAGCUAUGCUGCGGAUGCUUCCAGAGAUUCCGCUGUGGGUGAAGAAUCCGGACUUCGAUCGUGUUGACUGGAUUAACAGAUUUAUCGAGUACAUGUGGCCUUAUCUCGACAAGGCCAUCUGUAAGACUGCGAAGAAUAUUGCAAAGCCCAUCAUCGAGGAGCAGAUUCCCAAGUACAAGAUUGACUCUGUUGAAUUUGAGACGCUUACUCUUGGUUCUUUACCUCCUACAUUCCAAGGGAUGAAAGUUUAUCUCACGGAUGAGAAAGAGUUGAUUAUGGAACCAUGCUUGAAAUGGGCGGCUAAUCCCAAUAUCUUGGUUGCUAUCAAGGCAUUUGGGUUUAAGGCAACAGUUCAGGUGGUCGAUUUGCAAGUUUUUGCCCAGCCUCGUAUCACUCUCAAGCCAUUAGUCCCGAGUUUCCCUUGUUUUGCCAGCAUUUAUGUCUCUCUUAUGGAGAAGCCACACGUUGAUUUUGGGCUGAAGCUUGGUGGAGCAGAUCUUAUGUCAAUCCCUGGCCUCUACGGAUUUGUCCAGGAGCAAAUCAAGGAUCAAGUUGCGAACAUGUAUCUCUGGCCUAAGACCCUUGUAGUUCCAAUCCUUGACCCUGCCAAAGCGUUUAGAAGGCCUGUUGGAAUCGUCCAUGUGAAAAUCGUGAAGGCUGUGGGGCUGAGGAAAAAAGAUCUGAUGGGUGGGGCAGACCCAUACGUGAAAAUCAAGCUCUCUGAAGAUAAGAUUCCGUCCAAGAAGACAACAGUGAAACACAAGAAUUUGAAUCCUGAGUGGAAUGAAGAGUUCAAAUUCUCGGUCAGAGAUCCCCAGACUCAGAUUCUAGAGUUCAAUGUGUAUGACUGGGAACAGGUUGGAAAGCACGAUAAGAUGGGUAUGAAUGUAUUAGCACUGAAAGAAAUGGUGCCAGAGGAACAUAAAAGCUUCACCUUGGAGCUGCGUAAGACACUGGAGGGCGGUGAAGAAGGGCAGCCUGAAAAGUACAGAGGGAAGCUGGAGGUUGAGCUCUUGUAUAAGCCAUUCACGGAGGAAGAAAUGCCGAAAGGCUUUGAAGAAUCGCAAUCGGUGCAGAAGGCUCCAGAAGGCACACCGGCUGCAGGAGGAAUGCUCGUGGUGAUAGUGCAUUCGGCUGAAGAUGUGGAAGGAAAGCACCAUACGAAUCCAUACGUACGCAUCUAUUUCAAAGGGGAAGAGAGGAAAACAAAGCACGUGAAGAAGAACAGAGACCCAAGGUGGGAAGAGGAGUUCACAUUCAUGCUCGAAGAACCUCCGGUCCGCGAGAAGCUGCACGUGGAAGUGCUGAGCACCUCUUCCAGGAUAGGUCUCUUGCAUCCCAAGGAAACACUGGGGUACGUGGAUAUUCCGGUGGUGGACGUGGUCAACAACAAAAGGAUGAAUCAGAAGUUUCAUCUUAUCGAUUCUAAGAACGGGAAGAUCCAAAUCGAGCUUGAGUGGCGAACUGCCUCUUGA